AUGGCUGCCGUUAUUCAACGACCGUUACGAGGCUCGCGAAUCUCUACGUUCUACCCCGUUAAAAGCCUGCCAUCGUUGGCCUCACUCGACAGUGCCUUCCAACUACAGGAAUACAUCUCGCUGCUCAUCCGACUUGACGUACACGACGUGGAAGCUAUUGUCUCUCUUCCUGGAAGUUCUUCCAAGGAUAAAGACUCUUCUUCUGUUGACAAGGAAAAAGAAGAGUCAGAGGGCGCUAAAGAAGGGGACAAGGACGCGGAGAAAGCGAAGAGUGAAAUCACGGUUGACGAGGCGUGUUGGAUUUACGAACAAUUGAGGCGUCUCGCUCAGGACCUAUCGCAUCCACUUAUUACGACGCUGCAACAAGAAUGUACGCGUGCUUCGUGUCCUGAGAUGAAGGCUGGCGAAUGGCUUUACCUAUGUGUCGCUCACGGGAACGACGGCGCCAUGGAGCAAUGUUGCGCAAUUGACUACAUUCUGCACACGGUGGACAGCGCGACAGCGCUCCUAAACUCACCACGGACAUUCCCUUCACGACUCCAAAUUCCUCAAGCAUCCCACCGGCACUUCUCCUCUCUUGCCCGCCGGCUCGGACGCAUCUUCGCUCAUGCCUACUUCCACCAUCGUGAGGCCUUCGAGCAAGCAGAGGCAGAAUCAUCACUAUAUGCGCGUUUCCUCGCUCUUACCUCCAAAUUCGACCUUGUGCCUGCCGAGUUCCUCGUCAUACCCUCCUCGCACUAUACACACGACGAAGCUGGCCCCAGUCGAGACCAACGUGGUGGCGGACCAACUGAGAGCAGGCAACUCUACCCAUCGCAGCAGCGUCCUGAAGAACCACAACGUCAGUCACCCGGCGUGAAGCAGAUCCUGCAGCAACAACUCGGGGUUGACCGGUCGCGGAGCCCCAAUCCUCCUGGUCUUACGGACCCAAGCACUAGCGGCAAUGGAGGCAUCGGAGAGAACCCACCUACGAACACACGCAGCCGGCUUGGGCGAAGCAGGACGGAUACAAUGGUGUUCAACGACGCGGAGGCGAGCGCUGUCGCUGACGAGCUGGCGGCCAAGGCUAAAGCAGGCGAGCUGGAGCCGGACUUCGAGGCAGAAAUACCGAAGACGGCGAAACCUGCAGCAGACGUGGGCAAGGCGAAGGAGGAGCAAGAGGGUGAUGAGAACGAUACGAAGUUCGAGAUUUCGCUCAGCCCAGACGAAGAGAUUCCUGGUAUUUUUGACGAGGAGACGGUUGAAGUGCCGACUCUGGAAGAGAAGCUUGCUCUCGAUGCGCUGGCGGAGCCUAUGCCUGGUCUCCCGAGAUUGGACUCUCCACCAGCACCUGAACCCCCUGUAACAGAAGCAGUACUACCGGCGAAGCCAGAAGGGCCUGCAACUCCCUCUUCGCCUGAUGUGAAGGUUAUCGACUUCGCAGCACCAAAGCCUGAACUCAUGGAGCCUGUCAACAACACACCAGCUCCUUCGACGGCCGCCGAACCAUCACCUCCAGCUGAUCCUCAACCUGAGGCGAAGACACCGGCGGAGGAAGUCAAACGUGCCUCCGAGCCUGCUGUACUCUCAUCAGUAACCGUUCCUGCUGUCGAAGAGACCCAACCAUCACCGGAGGUCGAUGCAGCAGCUACAGCAGCUACGACAUCCCACACAGAAGUAGCGACGCCUGCAACGUCAUCCGCUGAGGUCGCCCUUGCAUCUGUCGAACCCACCUCUACUCCGGCGUCAGUCGAUCAGGUUGAUGCACCAGCUGUAACGGAGGCUCUGAAGGAGGAUGCGUCGAUUGGAGCAAGUACGACAACGGCGACAAGUGACGAACCAGCACCUAAUGUUGAUGAUAGCACCGUUGCAAAAACGGAGGAAGACGAAGUGAAGGCUCCUGUUGAAGCUCCGAAGGAUGUUGUUCUAGCUGAAGCCGCACCUGCACCUGCACCUGCGGCGACUGAGGCAUCUCAACCAGCAGCGGAGAAGAAAGAGGCUGAUGCUUCCCAACUUCCUCCAGCAGUGUAA